CGUGCAAGUCGCCAAAAAACACUGCAACCUUUGUGUUUUUUUCACUUGUCACACAGCAAAAAUUAAGAAAUCCACAUAAAUAAAUCUUGAGUUAUGUCUGCUACCGCGGGAAAAAGAAAGGAAAUCUACAAAUAUUUGGCACCAUGGCCAUUAUAUUCGAUGAACUGGAGCGUGCGUCCAGAUAAACGAUUUCGCCUGGCAUUGGGAAGUUUUAUAGAAGAAUAUAACAACAAGGUUCAAAUAAUAAGUCUGGAUGAGGAAACAAGCGAAUUUAGUGCCAAGAGCACUUUCGAUCAUCCAUAUCCCACUACAAAAAUUAUGUGGAUACCCGAUUCCAAGGGUAUAUAUCCUGAUCUUCUGGCCACUAGUGGUGAUUACUUGCGCGUUUGGCGUGCCGGUGAACCGGAUACACGUUUAGAAUGUGUCCUUAACAAUAAUAAAAAUAGUGAUUUUUGUGCUCCGCUAACAUCGUUUGAUUGGAACGAAGUUGAUCCAAAUCUAGUUGGCACCUCUUCCAUAGACACGACCUGCACAAUAUGGGGUUUAGAGACUGGUCAACCACAUGGUCGUGUUUAUGUUGCCGGACACGUUAAAACACAAUUAAUUGCCCACGACAAAGAGGUAUACGAUAUUGCCUUUUCGCGGGCUGGUGGUGGUCGUGAUAUGUUUGCUUCGGUUGGAGCUGAUGGCUCAGUUCGAAUGUUCGAUUUAAGGCAUCUGGAGCAUUCAACAAUUAUAUAUGAGGAUCCCACACAUACAGCAUUACUUCGUUUAGCAUGGAACAAACAGGAUCCAAACUAUUUGGCCACCGUUGCAAUGGAUUCAUGCGAAGUUAUUAUAUUAGAUGUCCGUGUUCCUUGUACACCUGUUGCAAGACUGAGCAAUCAUAGAGCGUGCGUCAACGGAAUAGCGUGGGCGCCGCACAGUUCCUGUCAUAUAUGCACUGCCGGUGAUGAUCACCAAGCACUGAUCUGGGAUAUACAGCAAAUGCCAAGGGCAAUCGAGGAUCCAAUUUUAGCAUAUACAGCCGCCGAAGGUGAGGUCAAUCAAAUUCAAUGGGGUGCAACACAGCCCGAUUGGAUUGCAAUUUGCUAUAACAAAGCAUGUGAGAUCUUGCGUGUCUAGAAUCAUCAUCGUCAAAGCAAUGCUCAAAGGACGUUGUAUAUUGGACAAGCUCUCAUAUAUGCACCACCACCACAAUAACAACAGCCACAACCACAGCCACAACAAAAUUUAAUAAUAACGAAAAUCUUAUAUUAACUACUACUACUAACUAUAACGAUAAUUAUUACGUACGUAUAGAGUAUAUCAUCGUCAUAAUUGUCACCAAAAAAAAAAGCAAACAAAAAAUAUAAGGUCAAAAACAAAAAAUAAAAACAAAAACAAAAAAAAAAUAAAUCGAUAAUAUUUUCAAAAUGAAAUCUAAACAAUCGACACUCUGUGUGUGUGAUAUUGAUUUUUUGCACACCCAUCAAUUCGGAAAUCAGAAUCAUAACAUGAUGAUAUAAUAAAAUAACACAAAACACUCAUACACACCAAGUAGAAAAGCAAAAAAAUAAAACAAAAGAUACAAUAUAAUUUAAAGACAAAAAAAAUUCAGAAAUGAAACUAAUCUGAAACAACGCGGAACAUCAUUAGACAUUUCUUUUCCAAUUUGUUUGCCAAAAUUUGACAAAAACAAAUCCAACAACAAUAGCAACCAACAACCAUAUGCAGCGAAUCUGUAAAGUUCUCAUGUUUAUUAUAUAUAAACAUAUAUAUAUAUUUAAAAUUUAUUAUUUUAUAGGCUAUAUUCAGUUGUUAUUUUGUUAGAUUACAACAAAAUAGUUUGCAUAUUAUUUAUACAUUUAUUAUUUAUGAUAUUUUUAAGUGUAAGAUGAAAAUAAUAAUAAUUGACAGUGAACAAUUUAGUUGGAAAUGCUCACGAAACACAAAUUUCUUUUCUGUUUUAUUACAUUAUGUUUUUUUAAUUUGAUUUUUUUCUACUUUUUGUAAUUUGAUUAAAUUUUAUAUUUUGUUUCCAUAUAGCAACUAUGAGGAUAAAGAAAUAAUAACUGAAUCGGUUUCAAUUACAAGUAUAUAUUUUUUAUAGUUUUAAGCGUAAAUUAGAAUAAAUCAACAAAAUUAUCAUUUUCAUAAAAUGAAAUAUGCCUAAAUAAUUUGGUAAAUUUGUUACAAAAUUCCAAUAGUCUUCUGAAACCACCCACCGCCAGAAUCCUUCUUUAUAAACACAUCAUUUUUAUUUUCAGUGAAAUUUUAUUUUGUUUUGGUUAUUUUUAAUAAAAUUUCUUUAGUGCUACUAGUA